AUGGGAACCAUAUAUAUUUUGAUUUAUGUGGAUGACAUCAUCCUCACUGGGACUAGUGAUGCCUUACUUCAACAAUUUCUGCACAAAGUCGGUAUGGCUUUUGCAAUCAAAGACUUGGGGAGACUCAAUUACUUCUUGGAAAUCAACGUCGAAUGGAUGAUUGAUGGGAUCGUCUUGUGUCAAGAGCAAUACAUUUACAACCUUCUCCACCGUACAAAGAUGUUAGACUGUAAGUCUGUUUCUACACCAGCAGCCACUUCAACCACUCUCAGUCAAUAUGGUGGGGAACCCAUGACGGAUCCUACACAAUAUAGAAGUGUAGUAGGAGCACUACAAUAUGACACUCUCACAAGACCAGAUAUUCAAAAUGCUGUCAAUAGGGUUUGUCAAUAUAUGCAUAACCCCAGCACAACACAUUGGAUGGCCGUCAAGCGGAUUUUGAGAUAUCUCAAAUCAACAAUUUCCCAUGGAAUUAAAAUUCACAGAAAUGCAAAGAUUGAACUAUCAGCCUUUUCUGACGCUGAUUGGGCAGGGAGUCCAGAUGACAGAAAAUCAACUGGUGGAUAUGCAAUAUUCCUUGGUAACAACAUCAUCUCUUGGAGCUCCAAGAAACAAUCAACAGUUGUACGAUCCAGUACAGAGGCUGAAUACAAGGCUCUAGCAAAUGCCACUGCAGAAGUAACAUGGCUCUAA